AUGGAUUUUGUAUUGCAGCACAAGGGCCAGCUGGGCGCCGUCACAGCACUGGUCGUUUAUUCUGCCGCCAAAAACAAACUGACACCAGGCGGCAUCGUAGCUGCGAUCGUGACAGCCGGCAUACACAUGGUACAUCCAUGGGGAGUCUUCUUUAACCUCCUCGUUGGUUUCUUUAUUGCCGGCACUUUAGGCACAAAGAUCAACCACACGACAAAAAAAACUCUUACUCAGUCGGCGACUGGAGGUGUAGGAGGUGAGGGUGCUCGCAACUACGCUCAAGUAUUGGCCAACUCAGGUGCUGCGUCGCUUUUGAUCCUUUGGCAUCUUUAUGCCACUCAAAACGGUGGUACCAGUCUCAAGGAUGGAUUCAGCUUGACUGAUGCUAUUCCAUUCGGUGUUGCUGCCUCCUACGCCGCUGCUGCUGCAGACACUCUCAGCAGCGAACUCGGUAUUCUAUCGCCAACUUCUCCUGUUCUCAUCACGGCACCAUGGCGCAGUGUACCUCGCGGAACCAACGGAGGCGUCACUAUAACUGGUCUGCUCGCCGGUCUGGCAGGUUCUGUCUUCAUCUCCACUCUCGCGUACUUUACUCUGCCUUUUUCUCGAAUGGCAUGGACGGGAGACUCCAAAUUCCUCUUUUGGGUCGUAUUGACAGUUGCUGGAUUCAGCGGCACAUUGCUAGACUCACUGCUGGGUGCACUGGUCCAAGUAACAGUGGAGGACAAGAGCACUGGUAGAGUCGUUGAAGGAGACAAUGGCAAGAGAGUCAAGGUCACUGCUGGAGGUAGCAGAGUGCAAAGAGGUAUGGAUCUGCUCAAUAACAAUGGUGUCAACUUUGCUAUGGCGGCCACAGUUGCAGUUGUAGGCAUGGCAGCAUGGAGCUUGAUGGUGCAGAAAGUAAUUCUAGCUUAG